GUUUGCUCUGUCUUCGAUUCACUCCUUCACAUAAUUCACCAUUGGAGACUAGUCUGCAUCAAUCCAAGUUCCCAGUAUGUCGAAUGCAGCCUGAAAGUAUCCGAGGUCUUUUGAGCCUGCCCCGGAAUACCUACGUACUGCCGCCUCUUGAUUCGACACCCUUGAAGCUCCCCAUAUAACGACCCUUGGUUCCUCGCAAACAGCUUACACAAAACCACGUCGCAUGUUCAAUACUCGUUCGUAUCGCAUCUUCUGCCUUGGGUCACAAGCUCGACUGCAGAAUACAAUUUGCACUCGUAAUCACCCGUCUGCCUGUUCCAUCUCGAUCCUCGAAACCCACACUCCAUCCUCACGAUGCCGGUUUCAAGUCUUUACGAGCUUGCCAGGCAGCGCCUUAUCAAGAACAUCGACAUGCUCACCGACAUUGGAGACAUACCGUUUUCAUUUCUCGAGCCCGUCCUUCGUCAUAUCCAGAACCCAACACAGCUGCAGGAACUUGAGGAAAAUUGCCCACAGAUACAAGGCGAGACAAAGGAGAUAUGGAAAAGAUAUAUCAGGAGAGACGUUCCAGACUGGGAGAAGAAGCCACAUACACCGCGCGAUGACAAGAACUGGAGCAAGGUGUACAGGAAGCUCAUGAGAGAUGCGGAGAAGGAGAAGCUCGAUCAAGAGAAUCAGUUGAAGGAACAGAUGAAAGCUCUUCAGGCGGGUAGGGAAGGCAACAAGACCGUCAUUAUGACCACGAAUAAGAGUUACGGUCGCUCCGGCGCCCACUGGUCAAUGGGUAGUGGAGGGAGCUUCGGGCGGGCUGCGCCGCCUACUAAGACCGGGAAGGUCGCCAUGGACAAACUUAAGAGGGGUAUGUUCGACCGCAACCAGGCACGAACAAAGGCCACACAGACACCACAACAUCAGCUAGCUAUGAAGAAGAGUAUGGUGUCGGCCAUCCCGGAACGACUUGUCAGAAUGGCGCAGCAGGAGGCUCCAAAGAAGAUGGUCCUGUCAAAGCAAGCAUCUGCGUCUGCUGCUGACAGACGGGCUCCAAAGUCAACGCUGAGCCAGCAACAGAUUAAACAACGGCCAGCACCAGGCCCACAACAGAGUGUAGCGCCACCUCGCCCAUCACUGCCAGCUGGCCAGCAAUUCAACGCGCCAAAGCUGAAGCCCACUGCUCAUGGUGUUGGUGCUGCUUCAGCGCCAAAGAGGAAACGAGAAGGGUCGAGCAUGUUUCAGCCGACCAAGCAGCGAAGGAUGUAGGGCCUCUAUGCCCACGGUCUUCGGUAUGGAAUGUUGCGACGUUGAGGAGUUUAAUUGUGGACUCAUGUUUUGUAUAUCAUUUGGCGGAGGGUGUCUUUGAUCAUAUUUACCGGCAUUAAGAGAUAUCGUACCUGGAGUUGUGGCAAAUGGAUAGGCCCAUGGAUACAACGUAUGCAUCAAAAGGCGUUGAAUAGGUGUCAGCUAGACCAGAACAAGUUGAAUACUUUUGA